AGGCAGUCAAUAAUUAUGAAAUACAAAGAGGAAUAGGGCUUAGCCGUAUACCUGAAGGGGAACCACAGCGGAUACGCUUUACAUACUUUAUUCCUGAACAAGAAAUAACAGUUGACAGAAGCGAAGAUCUUGAACCUUUGACCAGCGGUGCAUUACAAACGAAUGCGGUGUAUCUUGUUUAUCUAGUAAUAACAGAAUUGCCGUAUCAUUAA